UCCAUCACAUUGAUCCGAUCCGUGCCGUCGUCGUGAUGCGAUUCUGACUGAGCUGUCAAAUUGGUGGAAAUAUGAAAAUCAUUUACGAGUGCAAAUUCUGACCCAAAACUUGCGACGAAAAUUGCGUUUUAAUCCGAUAAAGCUGAACCCCGAUUUGUAACGCGCUGCGAAAGAGCAUCAUAUUUCUCCUGGGAAAGGAAAGGCAAAAACGGCAGCCAUGAAGAUCACCAUCAAAACAUUGAAGCAGGAAGCGUUCCAGAUCGAGGUGGACGUCGAAAAGGACACCGUCCGGACGCUGAAGGAGAAGUUCUUCCAGGAGAGCAAACAGGACUACCCGGUCGAGCGGCAGCGGCUGAUCUACCUGGGAAAAAUCAUGGAAGACGACCUGCCGCUCAGUCAUUACAGCCUGGACGACAAGAAGUUCGUUGUGGUUAUGAACAAGAAGCCCACGACGGCCCCGGCGGAACCAGCGGCCUCUAGUAGUGCCACUGCUCCAGCUGAAACCAAGAGCAGCACAGCAAAGAGCGAAAGCGGUGCACAAUCGGAAGCAACCGCAGCGGCCAGUGAGGCACCGGAGGAGAAGCCCAAGGAGCAGGAGAAAAAGGAGGAGGAGGAGAAACCGAAGGAGGACAAAAAGCCGGAAGAACCGCCGCAGGAUGACAUCCAGAUUAAGGUGCAGAGGAUAACGGAGAUGGGAUAUUCCCUGGAGGAAGCUCGCAUCGCGCUGGAGAUCUGCGACAACAACCCGGACCGUGCCGUCGAGUACUUGCUCUCGGAGAUUGCCACCAGUUCGAUGGGCGGUGGCGGCGGUGGUGGCGGAAGUGGCGGUGGCAGCGCUGCCGUGUCCGGUGGCACCACCCAGGAAAGUAGACUGGCCUUCCUACGGGAGCAUCCGACCUUCCUGGAGAUGAAGCGCCUACUGCAGGAGGAUCCCAGCCUGUUGCCGCAUUUACUGCAGAAGAUCCAAUCGAGCAAUCCGGAUCUGAUGCGCAUCAUCUCCGAGAACCAGGUAGAAUUCCUCUCGCUGAUCAACGAGGGCACGGAAGAACCGACCGGCCGGAUGGGGGUCCCGCGGGAACUAGAAACGACAGCCGCCGCCAUGGUGGACAGUUUGACCCAGUCCGACAUGGAUGCGAUCGAUCGACUGAAGGCACUCGGAUUCCCGGAACAUUUGGUCAUCCAGGCGUACAUUGCCUGCGAACGGAACGAGUACCAGGCGGCGGAUUUCCUCGUCUCGCAGACCUUGGACGACGAUGAGUAAGCGAAACCAUCUAUCUUUUUUCUCCCUCCUCUCUGAAGAUGCGAAAGAUCGAAAGUAAGUUUGAUUGGAUAUUUGGUUUGUGAAAAUAUUUCCCCAAUGGUUUCCAUUGCCCAUACUAGUGAUCCAAGCAUUUUCCAACGUUUCCUCGUUUUCCCACGUUCAGAACAUCAUUCAAUUUCCUAUAUCCCCGUUGGUUCAUUUUUUCUACUCAUGGGUUACGUGUUUCAGUUUUCUCUAUAUAAUAAGGAAUUCACAAUAGCUGCUUGCCUUAGUAAUGAUGGUAAAGUGUAGUUUCUUCUGUUUUGCGCUCCAGCCAGCUUAUUGUACUUUCUCUAUAUUGUUUUCUAAGAUGAUGAUGAUGAUGAAUGAUUAGCCCUACUACAGAAAAUUGCAUAUAAAAAAAACAAGUAAUUGUAUACAGCAACUAAAAUCUAAAUUACUACACCUACGCGAUUAUAAAAAUGAAAAUUAUCCAUUCUUAAAAUUUUGCCCCCAAAUAAAAUUUAAGGAUUAUUGUA